AUGAAGCAACAAAAGAAAUGGAAAGCGAACAUCAGGAACCAAAUGAACAGCCAGGUCCUAGCAAACCUCCAAAAGAAAGUUCUAUAUUCCAGGGGGGGUUCAUCCACAUCAGAUAACCCUGAUUCGUCUUUCCAGGAAGGAAAUCCAUCACCAACAAAGACCCAUGACGUCUCAUUCAAAGGGGAGCAUUCUGAUACUGAUGUUGAAAUCGUCUCAUCAUUCGAGGGGAAGAAUAAUAAUACGAAUGAUGAUUCGGAUUUUCAAUUAGAAUUGGAAGAGGAAAGUAAUGUCGAAAUGGAUCCAGCCUUUAACUUUUUCCUUAGCUUGAAUAUUAGACAGGGACCCGAAGGCAUAUUUAUCAAUCACGGGGCUUACACAAAGACCUUACUAGCUAAGUUUGGCAUGAUGGGUGACUCCAAAGUGAAGGUUCCCAUGGCAUUCAGAACGAAGUUAACACCAUCUUUGGAGAAACUAACUGUUGAUAUGAAUCUCUAUCGACAGAUGUUAGGGUCUCUAAUGUAUCUAACAGCUAGUCGACCAGACAUAAUGUUUUCCUUUUCUUAUAGUGCCAAGUUCCAAGCUAAUCCACAUGAACCUCAUAUGGUGGUUGUUAAGAAGAUCUUCAGAUACUUGAAGCGAACCUCUUCUCUCGAUCUGUGGUAUCCUGCUAAAUCAGGAUUUUUCGUACAAGCAUUCUCUGAUGCUGAUCUUGGAGGAUGUGGUAUGGACCGAAAGAGCACUACAGGCAGAUGUCAAUUCCUCGAUGGCAAUCUUGUCAGCUGGCAGUCCAAAAACAAACAUGUGUUUCUCUCUCUACAAUCGAAUCUGAGUAUACUGUUGCAACAUCUUGCACUUCUCAGAUUCAAUCUCAUGAUGGAGCUGGGGCAGGUAUAA